AAUUGGAAAAACCCACAGACAAGUCCACGACUUACAGUUGCGUAUAUUAGGUUGUGUUUCUUUGUUUCUUGCUUGUGUCUUUGAAGGAGGUCCGAAUAGCGCAGUCAAAGGUAGCGGACACAACAAGAUGGCGGUCAAAUUACUGUUUCUGUUAACUGCGUGCCUGGCAGGAGCUACGACCGAAGUAACCCAAGAUUAUUGUGACUACGUGUGCUCAGACCCGAGGCAAGUCCUUUGCCCGGGUCCCAAAACGGCGGACGACUGCGCCGCUGACCAGAUCUUCAAGGUGAACGGGUCAUUAUGUGCGUGCUGCAACGCUUGUAUUACCAUAGUCGGUGCAAACGGUCAUUGCCUAAACGUCCCUUCGAAAGGUCUGUAUUACCAGUGUCAAGAUGGAUACACGUGUUCGUACAGAAGAUACUGCGUCGAGGACUGACACGUGGCAUCCUAACAAGGACAACGAAUGCCCCCAACUCUAGAACAUUUUAGAAUAAAGUAAUUUUUUUUACAGUUGUA